CAAAGCCAUUCUGAAAAUCGAGGGUAGAGGCAAGGGCUAGUCAAGCCAUUGUCGACAUGGCAAGCGGUCAACGCCUCUCUGUCAUGUCCAUGAUGAAUAUGGGCCAGCUGACUGAAAGCGUGAACAAAACGUUUCGUUUUGGUCAGAGGUGGGGAGAGGCUAAGGCCUUUGCAGCGGACAAACCUAAGACGGCUCUUUUUCUCCUUGCAGUCUUUGUAACAUUCAGCAUCCCUAUUACCUCAUUUAUCAUCGUCAUUGGCUCAUCACUGUUUGUCGGAUUGACAAUGCUACUCUGGAUUCAAGGGGCUAUUCUGACCACUGCCACUGCACUUCUCCUCCCAACACUGGGAUUCUGUGCCCUUAUUGCUGCUGGGGUGACCGUCGUCAUCCAUGGUUCAAGAUACAUUUUGGAAUUCCUACUCUCAGUUUGGCAGUUCAUUUACAGCGUCGUCUUCCCGUACAUUGUCGCUACGCUUGGGGGACUCACUAACCUUUGGGGAAAGCCAAGAAUCAGUGAGCUUCAGAAUGAGGACUAGGACAGACAGCACCCGGAAGGAUCAGGCCACAUUCACACUCAUCAUCCUACACCCAUUAUUUCAUCGAGUUAUCUUUACGAUGUGAACCGAGGUCACUCAACGCAUAUUGGAGAGGGCAGCACAGGCUCUCUUCACACUUCAACAUCCCUUCAAGCAAAUCCAUCACCACGACAGCUCAGAGAAUACAUGCAUACUACCUCUCGUCAAGACAGAAACCCCUUUCUCACCGAUUCACUCAUGAGGCUUCGACGCGAAAGUACGAGUCCAACCCCUGCCCACACUGAGGACCCCUUUCAAUCCCAUUCUCGUUAUCUCGCCAAUAUGAACGCAACAGAGAACAGAAGUCAAAGCGAUUUUGAUGACUAUUCACGACUGAAGUCCAACGCAUCAAAUAUCGAUACCUGUUCAUCAGUGCUGCUUGGUAACGAUUCCCGUGUGAACACGCUAUCUAUCCAGCGGGACACAGAACAGUUUCCAUUUCCACUUAUUUUGCUUCUAUGUGUUGCUUUGGCUGUUGUAUCCUUUCACUUUGCUCUGCCUUUCUUAUAUGUAAUUGCAUGGUUAUCUGAGCCCUAAAGACUGACUUUUUUUGAUUGAUUUUGAUGAGUAGACCUCGAGGUUGCAUUGCUAUCUACACCUAUAGAAUAUUAUCGUAGUCUCCCACA